AUGUCAUCGUGGAUAUCACGAGCGACAGCAUCGCACAAGGCCCAGCUAGUCACCACAGCCAUUGUGUCUGGCGUCAUAGUCGCCGGCGCAGUAAUCGGCUUCCAACAAGCCAAGCGCAUAUACAAGGUUGAGAGCGUCAAGUCGUCGAUACCAGACAUAAACCAGGAACACGAAGCCACACGGAUAAACGAAUAUGGCGCCGCGAAUGACAUCUUCGCCCCCUCCAAAGAAGAUGAACGCUCCGCAGCGCUCGCCCACCGCGCCCGCUCCGGCGAUUACGAUGACGAAUUAAUCCUCGAGCAGCUCGCCCGAAACCGCGUCUUUCUCACUGACGCUGGCCUCGCCCAACUUCGCUCCGCUUUCAUCAUCGUUGUCGGCCUCGGCGGUGUGGGCAGCCAUUGUGUCGCCGCCCUUGCGCGUAGCGGCGUCAGCCACAUCCGGCUCGUGGACUUCGACCAGGUCAGUCUAAGCAGCCUCAACAGGCAUGCUGUAGCCACGCUCGCCGAUGUGGGCACGCCGAAGGUGUUUGCGAUGAAGAAGCGGCUCGAGCAGAUUGUGCCGUGGGUGCAAUUCGACUGCAGGAACGAGCUGUUCUCCGAAGCGGCGGCGGAGCGGUUGUUGCAGGGGCUGGACGGGAAGAAGCCAGACUACGUCGUCGAUGCUAUUGACAAUAUUGAUAGCAAAGUUGCGCUGCUGCAUUACUGUAAGACGAACGGGAUCCCUGUUGUUAGCUCCAUGGGCGCAGGAUGCAAGUCCGAUCCCACGAGGGUGUUUGUGGGCGAUAUCUCUGCUAGCACGGAAGAUCCGCUGUCGAGAUCGACACGAAGGCGACUAAGGGCGCUCGGUGUAAAGGACGGCAUUCCGGUGGUGUUCUCAACGGAGAAGACAGCGCCGGGAAAGGCUCAGUUGCUGCCGUUACCGGAAGAUGAGUAUGUGAAGGGCAGCGUCGGAGACUUGGGCGUGCUACCGGACUUCAGAGUUAGGAUCUUACCGGUGCUGGGGACAAUGCCGGCGAUCUUUGGGCUGUGUGUUGCUAACCAUGUCAUUCUGGAGAUCACGGGGUAUCCGCACGAGUACUUGCCGUCGAAGGCGCGAGAUAAAAUGUACGAUGGCAUCCUGGGAAACUUGCAGGGUCUCGAGGAGAGGCUCACGCGGGCGACAGGCGAAGAAGCUGUCGGGCUGAAGAUUCCGAUCACGCAGGACGAUGUGGGGUACCUAAUCGAAGAAGUGUACAGAGGACGGAGCGUUCUAACCGGCUUGAGCACAAGACUCGCUCUCACUCGAUGGAGGAAGCCGAAGGCAGGUUUCGUUGAUAAGAGGUACCUGCCCGGCCAGAAGAGCACGCUGUUACAGCUGAGAGACCUUGUAUGCAUGACUAAAGAGGAAGCUGCGAAGCACGAGAAGGAGGUACUGAAGGGUGACAAGACGCCGGAGGACCUGUACGAUGAAGAGGUGAUCAGGCUGGUGGAGGAGAGGAUGGCAGAGGAGGCGAGAUUUGAGAGACUCAGGUGA